AUGACUGAGCUACAAGAAAGUCAACCAGUGAAACUCACAAUCACCCAUUAUCGCAAGCCAGAACACACCCACGAAGCCUUCAUCAAAUGGAUAACUGAUGAACAUGUCCCGCUCGCUAUACCCAUCUUCCAAAAGCACGGAGUGAUCGAGUACACACUGUUCGUUACCCCACCACCUCUCAACGACUCAAUGAGAGAGAGCCUUGCCGAGUAUCAACCAAAUUGGCAAAUCGCGGACUUUGACUGCUUCAUCGAGUAUCAAUUCCCCAGCAUGGAUGCUAUUGGUGCGUUCAUGACAGAUCCUGAGUGGGCGGAAGUAUUGAAAGACCAGGUGGACUGGGUUGAUAUUCCAAAGGCAUUAGUAUCUUUUGGACAUUCUACUUCCUACAUAUUAAAUGGAAGGCCCGUGAAUGUGCCAAAAUGA